AUGUUCUCUCAUUCUGAGAUAUUUACUCGUUCCUCUCUUAAAACUAACUAUUGUCCUCCCUCAACUCCUCGAUCCUCAUCAUCCCCUUCAAGUUGGCCUGAUAAAGGACAUCCGUGCCCUACACAUUCUCUGCAAUCGCACCCUGUCAAGGAGGAGGAAGAUGAUGAUGAUGACGAGAGCUUACCUAUACCAAUGCAUUUUGAACGAGGCUCGGCUGAGUCCAGCUACUUGUUGGAUCAGCCAGCAGAAGAAGAAGAUUCUGACCUCGCGCUUGAGGCAGCCCAGGCCAAGCGCAAAGUCUGUCAAGCUCAAAAACACCUGGCCAACUGCCUUUUGGAGCACCAGCAAAUACUUAUCCACAUCUCCCGCCGCCGGGCAGAAGCAGCGAGCCAGCGUCUAUUACUGGCCGACCUCAAUGUCAGACGCAUGCACUCAGAGCGCCGGAGGAAAAACGGUAUUACAGUGUUUACUAUUCGAGCAUGUGACACUGAGUAUGCGAAAUUUGUGGGGCGCUUUGUUGAAAUCACUCAGAACGAGAGCUAUGCGCUGCGGCACAACGACAUUUACGAGGCAGCGAAGAAGUUCAGAUGGAAUGGUGUUGCCAUAGACCACACCGAGCUGGACACAUUUGAACUGCUUGAUCUUGAUCUCAAUUAA